AUGAUCCACAGAAAUCCUGAAGCAAAGCAGACAAGUGCUUUUUAAAAGUCAACUGCCUUGUCAGCUGAACCAGUUUACCAACAAUAUCUAAGUCUGUUGAAGAAGAUGUGUAUGGCUUUUAUGAGGAGCCUUGAGAGUUAUCAUGGUUUUGCCAGCUUUGAAGAGAGCACUAAUUAUUUCCUUAAAUUCUAUAUCUUCACCCCUCCAGUAGGGGAAAAUUACCCUUUAUUUCCACUCCAGGAUAUUGUGCCUUUAAUAUAUCCCUUCUCAGGUUUUCUGAGUCCAGCAGCAGGUACUGAACAGCAGCCCAGUGUUGGAAAAACUAUUGAAUCCCUGGCAGAUUACAGCGAGAGGAAACCUCACCACAUCCCCAUUGCAGGUGACAGAGUGCAGCCUGACCAUGGGAGCCUCCUGGAGGAAAACAGCCAGGACAGAAGGUGGAAGCUCAAGUCAGCAAAUUCUAAUGAGAAUUCUAAUGCUAAAAAACCCAAAACCAAUUUUGAAGGAGUUCCUUGGAAUAAUAUGUUUCCUUCCAAAAUAUAGCAUCCAAAAUCAACAGAGGGAGGGAGAUUAGCUGAUCCUGUUUCCCAGUGUUUCACAAAAAGAAGAUACAAUCCCAAACCUAAAAUAAGCCAAGUUGCUGGAGGCCUCUGGGACAGAUUUCAAACAAGAUCUUUUAUCUCUCCACAGAGAUCUGGUGCUUUUGUAAACCAAAGCUCUCAAAUCUCAAAUAUCCCUUUGUAUACCUGCUGUGUUGGUGCAGUAAAUUGCACUGGUGUAGACUUAGUCCCACUAAAGCACAUGCAAACUUCAAAGCCUCACUACACAAGCACUGUGCACACUCCAGAUAUUCCUGGAUACAUUGGCAAGGUUCAUUGAUCAGCAACUCACCCGGCAAAUUCUAAUCUUCCAUCAACAGCCCCAUCAGUAAUUGCAGGAAUGCAUGGAUACACAGCAAAACAUGGAAGUUGA